AGCCUGAUGACCAUCUAACAGUAGCCCAGUCACUAAAGAAGGAAUUUGACAACCCUGAAACUGCAGACCUGAAGUUUCUAGUGGAUGGAAAAUACAUUCAUGUUCAUAAAGUUCUUCUUAAAAUUAGGUGUGAACAUUUUCGUUCCAUACUGAAUAAUGAUGAUGAAAUUAUAGAAAUGAGUGAAUUUUCUUAUCCUGUUUACCGAGCCUUCCUGGAAUACCUGUAUACAGACAACAUUAGGCUCCCUCCUGAAGAUGCAAUAGGACUGCUAGAUUUGGCAACACUGUAUAGAGAAAACAGAUUGAAAAAGCUUUGCCAGCAAACGAUCAAACAAGGCAUUUGUGAAGAGAAUGCCAUUGCUCUUCUUUCAGCUGCAGUCAAAUAUGAAGCUCAGGAUUUGGAAGAAUUUUGCUUCAGAUUUUGCAUAAACCAUUUAACUGUUGUUACACAAACUCAAGGCUUUGCAGAAAUGGACCACGACCUCCUGAAAAACUUCAUUAGCAAAGCAAGCAGAGUGGGAGCGUUCCGAAAUUGA